ACGAUCACGAACACGGCAUCCGAUCGGAGCAGCCAAACCAUUGGUCAACGCCGCAAUGAUUGCAACCCGGUUAGAUGGGAAACCGUCGGGAGUGACCAGCGUCGCGCGAUUAAAAUAAAUAUUUGAUUUUUGCCUUCACCGGACCCCGGUCUUCGGUCGGUCGGACGACGGUGUAGUGCCUGUGAGUGCCCGGCACAGAAAAAGAAAAGCAGCACGACGAAAACGCUCGGUCCCGAAUACAUCAGAAGCUGGGCCAACCCCCGGGGCCAACUAGCAAAAGUGCAAUCAGCAAACAAGCGAGCGUGACACGGUUCGAAACGGUCAGCGCGAGGAAACAAACGUUCGAGCGAUCGUGUUUGUGUGUGCAGCGGGCGUGUGAUUCUUUGUGCCUUCUGGGGGAAGAGAACAAAAAAAGGAAGGGCUUGGAAAAAAAGGAAAACAUCCAUUUUCCAAAACCAUUCUAGGCGGAAACCUUCGAAAGCCUUUUUCCCAGGUGGUUUCAUCUCAUUUUCCCCGUGUGUGAUAUAAUACGCGAACGGUGAGGAACGUGAACGUGUUUGAGUGUUGAGCCCAGCUCUACGGGGUACGUGAUAUUUUUAAGGUGAAUUUUCUCGACAUUUCCUUACCCAUACAAUCACACACACACAUCGUGUGUUGCUUGUAGUGAAGGAAUAAAAAAGGGGAAAAAACUGGUGAUCGCUGGUGGGAAUAAAACAAUAAACUGUGAAGUGUAGAAUAAAGGGAAAAACUACCCCAACAAAAUCAUCCCCCAAGUGUGACUACAGACAACCAGGCCACGAUGAGUCCAAAACCACACGACUUUAUGGUUACGCUGAGGCGUCCCUCGACACAGGUCCCGUGGGGCAUACGGUUGGUCGGUGGUACUGACCUGAACGCACCACUCAUCAUUACACGGGUACAGGUCAACACACCGGCCCAGCCCGAGCUGCUCCGUGGUGAUGUGAUUACCAAAAUUGACCAGUACGAUGCGCGUGACCUUACGCACAACGAUGCGCAGAACCUGUUCCGUAAUGCCGGCAACCAGAUCCGGGUGACCGUGCGCCGCGAUGACAAGGUAGCGCUGCACCAGAGCGCCCAUCCGAUCAAUGGCAAUCCGGUUGCACCGCUGUCGCCCGCAAACUUUGCGCAACCGUACCAACCGUACGCGGAACCGGUACAGCCGGCCAAGCCGCAGCUACAUCAGAAUUUCCCACCACCGGAUCCAUCACAGCUGUUGCCAAGCAUUGCGACGUCCUUGCCACAUGGUCCGCAGUCGUAUGCGGCCGCACUGGAGCGUCCGAUUGAAACGUUGCCGCACACCGUGUUCCCGGGAGUGGACGAAACUGGAGCGUACCAUCUGCCCAAGCAGCCGUAUCCGCCACCGGCACCGACCAGUCUGAACGAUGCCAACGAAGCGAUCACUAAUCAGCCGUACCGUACCACGCCACUAGUCCUGCCCGGUGCGAAAGUACCGAAGAAGGAUACGCUCCCGACAGAGUCGUACCUCAGACACCACCCGAACCCGGCCAUGCGCGCCCCGCCAGCACAUGACUACACAGACACACUGAUGAAACAGAAGCUCGCUGAAACUGUGAUUCAUCGAGUGAUUGGCGAAGAGCCACCGACCGGUCCGAAGGUCGUGCACAAGCAGUUCAACUCACCGAUCGGACUGUACUCGGACAGCAACAUUGAAAACACGAUCAGACAGAGCGCUCCACAGCAGACACAAACCGUACCAUCGAACGGAUACACCAAUCGCCAUAUGCCAACGAAAAUUGAAGGCUACAAGAAAACCGUCGUGUUUGACCCGUGCAAAAGCGAAACGUACCGCGCGCUGCAGGAAGGAACUGGCGAAGGACUGCAGGAGGUGCCGAAUCCGAUUCAGCCGAAAACCUUCGCCCCGAACCGUUUAGUGCCUGGAAAGAAGCCUAACGCCAAUCAUCCUGCACCCCAGCCAGAGUUCGCGUACCGGGUCAACUCGAUGGGUGAACCGAACGAAAAGAUCCACCAGAGUGGAUCCUUCAAACGUUUGAUGCUGCACGUCAUGAGCGAAAUGGACUAAGUGCCCGUCGUCUCCAAACCCACAAACAAACAAACGCCCAUCGUUUUGCGCAAAAGACGCGCACAAGCAAAAAAAGAAUGUUUAAUUUCCCCGCAUACCUUCACAUCCCCCAAACACAAACCCUCCCGUGCCCUUGUAGUUUGUCCAUCGAAGCGCCGAGUGUGAUCGCUUCAAACGAAAACCCCAUUGUAGAAUCUAUAUCGGUAUAAUCAUCACCCAAUGCUCACGAUCGUAAAGAUCGUCUUGGAGAUGGAGAAUUUGAUUCUGAUAUCGAAACGUGUUAGACUCCACAAUCCUUGCCUCCUCCUGUACGCCGAAAUGUGGAACUGCGCGAACUGUUUUGUAAAUAAGCAAAAGCUUCCUCCGCAGCUCAAUCUGUUAUGGAAUCAGAUUCCAGGGUUGGGCUUGUUUUUUCCUCAUUUUGAAUCGCUCUAAUCUGUAUGUUGAUCGUCUCUUCCCAGUCCCAACCAAACCUUUCCCCACCAACAUCUCAUCUCCCGCCUUCUUGAGAGCCCCAUCAUCAGUCUCGAUCCAUCGCGCCCCAUUGGUGUGUUUGCUUGUAAGCACAUUUGCAUAUUUAAUUAUUUAUCUAUAUAUCAACGUAUAUUUACGCGAAUUGUAUAUUCUACACUGAUCUUUUACCAUUACCGCAGGCUCACUGAACAAAACAAAAAAUCUGUGACCAAUCAAGCGAAUCGAGUGUAUGUUCUAGUCAAAAGCUGAUCGUUGAUCGUUACCAGGCGGGACCUACCAUGGUUUUGGCCUGCGACCGUUGCGUAACGCUCAGGAAGGAAGUAGUUAUUGUUGUUCUUUUUUUUUUUGCUACACAUGUUAUCGUUACUACAUUUUGCAAAAAGGAGGAAAGUGGAGAAAAACCAACAAAAUGUGUGUUUUGCGCUCUAUUAUUCUAUACCACGAGUUUCCGGGCUACUUCCCGGCGCAAAGGGUUGAUUUUAAUCAUGCUGGAAACGGGAGAAACUCUUGCUUAAGCUCACCAGCAGCAUGACUUUUUUUUCCUGUGAACGAGUGCAUAUGCAAAUCACGCACUAUGGCACACGCACGCACUAUGUACACUUACGCAAAACAAACAAACAUACAAACCAACAAAAAAAAAACAGAAGAAAGGAAGAUAGUUUAGCACGGCAUGCUACGAGAUAUGUAUCUAUUUACUACAGUUUAUGUACACAGUGAUAUCACAUACGAUGAACGAAAAUUGCAGAAUAAAGAUGAUCUUACUAUAAAUAAAA